AUGCUUGCAAUUAUAAAGUAUUAUCCAGCAGUAAAUAAACAGCUCUGGGAUGAUUAUUCCUGUAAGCUUGUUGCUGCUAGCUUCUAUUACUUUUCCAUUAGCAACAUGUUUCUUGUGGGCUCUUUAUCCGUUCUUAGCUAUUUCAGAGUGUGCAGGACUGUAUAUUACGAAUUAGGGUGGUUGGAUUACAAAUUAUUUUUAUUACCGAUUGUUUUACCUGCUGUAAUAACUGCACCGGCUUGGCGGCAUUUUGGAUCUGACGGGUAUUGGUGUUAUACAAAUCGAACUUCAUCGUUCAUUCCUUUGUCUUUACUGUAUAUCGCUAUUGUUGUUCUGUCAACUUCUUUAAUCUGUUAUAUUGGUAUAACAUAUAAGAUUAAUGUGGCAAGAAGAACCACCGAUUCCGAAGUUGGUUAUUUAUUCAUUUAUAUUAUACAAUGGACACCAGUCAUGGUAUACGUCAUUGCCGAUAAUUAUCAACAUACACAAAUGUGGGGAUAUGUAAUAUGUUUCAUCUCUUUACCAUUGGGCGGAAUGCUUAACGCCUAUAGAUACAUCUGUAACGAGGGCUGGUGGACAAAAAAGGAAGUGACGGAGGUUAUCUCUGAUAAUUCUGCUAAUACCGUUCAAGUUCAAAUAGGUCUAACUACCAUUCCAAACGCCACAAAAAGUUCGAUCAAUCAAUAUGAAUCAAUACAAGAUAGCGUAUAA